CUCCCGCUCUCUCCAAACUCUUUCUCCCCUUCCUUCCCCUCCUUCGCGCACUUCUGGCCGUGCCCAUUUUGGGUCGCCGCCUCCUUUAUUCCUCCGUCUUUCGCCUUUUUAUUCAGGACACACACACGCGCACACACUCUCUCUGCAAUGGCUUCGGUCUGCCGAUCAGCGGCGACGAGGGGUGCGAGGUUCGCCUUUCGUAGCGUUUCCAACUCUACGUCCCUGCCUCGCCGCCCUCCUACUUCUCCUCUUCUUCCUUCGCCCGCUUCCGCCACAAGACGACUCGCCAGGUAUGCUCCCCCAUUGUUAUGCUCCGAGUCUCUGAUGCCUCUCCACACCGCCAUCGCCUCUGCUCGCCUUAAGUCCAACAUUUCCAUCAACUCCAGGCUAUGGGGAUGGCUCAACCAAGGAUUGUCUCUGCCGUUGUGACAAGACCAGCUGGCUCUCUAUGGGCACUGAAUCAAUUAAAUUUCUCGUUACUGAUGCAAGUGCGGAAAACUUGAUCCUAGGGGAAUUUUUGUGUUAGAGCAAGUUUAGAUACUUUAAUCUGGACCCCGGAUGACUCAUUUAUUGCUGGAUUGUAGCUAAACAGUUGUUGGUUCUUUUGUUAUCAAACGUUAAUUUGAGCAGUGGCUGCUUUUCUGAGGAGUUGGUGUUUAUUUUUCAUGUUCUUAUAAAAGAUGGCUUAUUAGUGUA